AUGGGGUUAUCGGGGUUCGGGGAGCUCCGGAGUGGGGAGGGCAAGGGCGGCGGCGGCCUUGUGCAUGGCGGCGCUACGCCGAACGGCGUCUUGGGCUCGGGAAAGGCCUACGUGCCGCAAAAGCUAGCGCAAAAGAAUCUGGAGGGGGCGCAGGUGCUCACCGGGGCUUCUGGUGGCCGGAGGCGUCGCGCAGAUGGGUCGCCGGCGGGGUUUGGCGGCGGAAACGGUGCGGUGGCCGUGGACGGGGUGGUGCGGGGCUCCUCCGGGACCGCUGACUCGCCGGGAAGACACGAGUGGACCCUGCGAAGGUGGCACAGGGGUCAAAGAAGCUCUGAGGUUGACGGCGGCGCGGAAUUGUGCGGGCGGCGCGUCUCACCGGGGAUGGCUUCGGGGCUAAAUCCGGCCUCUGGACCGGCUGAGAUCGCGAGCAGGGACCUCGAGGAGUCUCCUGGCGUCGGGGCGAAGCUCGGGCGCAGCUCCGGUGGGGCUUGGGCACGGCGGAGCGGCGGGGCUGCGGCGGCGCAGAUCCUCUGUGUUGCGGAGCGAGGUGGUGGCGGCGCGGCUAGGCUUAGGGGUGGCGGCGCUGGGGAGGAUGGGGUGUAG